AUGUCACAAGGAAGAAAAGCUGCAGAAAGAUUGAGUGGUAAAACCAUUCUAAUCACCGGUGCAUCUGCCGGUAUUGGCCAAGCCACUGCGUUAGAAUAUUUGGAAGCUUCUAAUGGUAAUGUUAAACUGGUUUUGGCUGCUAGAAGAUUGGAGAAGUUAGAAGAAAUCAAAGAAAAGAUUAAUGCUGAUUAUCCUUCGGCGAAAGUGUACAUUGGACGUUUAGAUGUGACAAAGUUCGAUGAAAUUAAACCAUUUUUAGAUAAUUUGCCACAAGAGUUUAAAGAUAUUGAUAUCCUGAUUAACAAUGCUGGUAAAGCUCUAGGAAGUGACAAGGUCGGAAAUAUCUCAACUGCGGACAUUGAGGGAAUGAUGAACACUAAUGUUGUGGGGUUGAUCACGAUGACCCAGGCCGUCAUUCCAAUCUUUAAAGCCAAGAAUGCUGGUGAUAUUGUUAAUCUAGGAUCAGUAGCUGGUCGCGAAGCUUACCCAACUGGAUCCAUCUAUUGUGCCACUAAGCAUGCCGUCAGAGCAUUCACUCAAAGUUUGAGAAAAGAGUUGAUCGACACUAAGAUCAGAAUUAUAGAGGUUGAUCCUGGUAACGUAGAGACUGAAUUUUCUUUAGUGAGAUAUAAGGGUGAUACUGACAAGGCUAAGAAAGUUUAUGAGAAUACUGAGCCACUCUAUGCUGAGGACGUGGCUGAUUUCAUAGUGUAUGCUACCUCAAGAAAGCAAAAUACUGUGGUGGCAGAUGCACUACUGUUUGCUACCAACCAGGCCUCCCCGUUCCACAUUUACCGUGGUGAACUGUAA